AACGGGCAGAGCGCACUCCGAGGCGGCUUCUCCAGAGCGCAGGCUGGAACUGGCGGGCACAGCGAGCCCAGAUCGCCCCACAAGCUGAGUGUGCAGGACGCGUCCCCACCACACCCACCCCACGGCCGCUGAAUGAGGCUUCCAGGCGUCCGCUCGCGGCCCGCAGCGCCCCGCCGGAGGUCCGCGCGCUGAGGCGCCGGCAGCCAGUGCGCUCACCUGCCAGCCUGCGCGCCAUGGGGCAGCCCGGGAACAGCAGUGUCUUCUUGCUGGCGCCCAACGGAAGCCACGCGCCGGACCACGACGUCACGCAGGAACGGGACGAGGCGUGGGUGGUGGGCAUGGGCAUCGUCAUGUCGCUCAUCGUCCUGGCCAUCGUGUUUGGCAACGUGCUGGUCAUCACAGCCAUUGCCAGGUUCGAACGUCUGCAGACGGUCACCAAUUACUUCAUCACUUCUCUGGCCUGUGCUGACCUGGUCAUGGGCCUGGCAGUGGUGCCCUUUGGGGCCAGCCAUAUCCUCAUGAAAAUGUGGACUUUUGGCAACUUCUGGUGCGAGUUUUGGACUUCCAUUGACGUGCUGUGCGUCACGGCCAGCAUUGAGACCCUGUGCGUGAUCGCGGUGGAUCGCUACUUUGCCAUCACAUCGCCCUUCAAGUAUCAGAGCCUGCUGACCAAGAAUAAGGCCCGGGUGGUCAUUCUGAUGGUGUGGGUCGUGUCAGGCCUUACCUCCUUCUUGCCCAUCCAGAUGCACUGGUACCGGGCCACCCACCAGGAAGCCAUCAACUGCUACGCCGAGGAGACCUGCUGCGACUUCCUUACGAACCAAGCCUAUGCCAUUGCCUCCUCCAUCGUGUCCUUCUACGUGCCCCUGGUGAUCAUGGUCUUCGUCUACUCCAGGGUCUUCCAGGUGGCCAAAAGGCAGCUCCAGAAGAUUGACAAAUCUGAGGGUCGCUUCCACUCGCAGCACCUCGGCCAGGUUGAGCAGGAUGGGCGGAGCGGGCACGGACUCCGCAGGUCCUCCAAGUUCUACCUGAAGGAACACAAAGCCCUCAAGACACUAGGCAUCAUUAUGGGCACUUUCACCCUCUGCUGGCUGCCCUUCUUCAUCGUCAACAUUGUGCAUGCGAUCCAGGAUAACCUCAUCCCUAAGGAAGUUUACAUCCUCCUGAACUGGGUGGGCUAUGUCAAUUCUGCUUUCAACCCCCUUAUCUACUGCCGGAGCCCAGAUUUCAGGAUUGCCUUCCAGGAGCUUCUGUGCCUGCGCAGGUCUUCUUUGAAGGCCUGUGGGAAUGGCUAUUCCAACAACAGCAACGGCAAAACCGAGUACUCAGGGGAGCAGAGUACCUAUCACGUGGAGCAGGAGAAGGAAAACGAACUGCUGCGGGAGGACCCCCCAGGCAAGGCAGACUUUGUGAAGUGUCAAGGUACUGUGCCUAACGAUAGCAUUGAUUCACAAGAGAGGAAUUGUAGUACAAAUGACUCACUGCUGUAAAGCAGGUUUUCUAUUUUUUAAGAUUCCCCCCCACCCACCACCAAAAGAACACUAAAUAGACUAUUUAACUUGAGUGUAAUAAAUUUAGAAUAAAAUUGUAUAGAGAUAUGCAGGAGGAAGGGCAUCCUUCUGCCUUUUUUUUUAUUUUUUUAAGCUGUAAAUUGAGUGUGUCUUGUACAGUUCAGCUCCUCUUUGCACAGAACUUGUAAAUUUAUAUCUGAAGAGCUUUAGUCCUCGAGGACUUGGGUGUGCUGUAUUUUGAUGACUUUUUCAAGUAUCUACCUCACUGGUCAAGUAUUAGGGGUGAUAUAUUGCUGCUGAUAGUUUGUAUCGGAAGGAGAUUUUCCUUCCUGCACCCUUGGACUUGAGGCUCUUGAGUAUCUCGGACCUCUCAUCUGUGAACAUGGACUGUCUCCUGCUCCUCUUAUUUGCUCAAAUGGGGUUUUGUAGGCAGGGACUUGAGGGGCAGCUUCAAUUGUUUUCCUGAGCAAAGUCUAAAGUUUACAGUAAAUAAAUUGUUUGGUAAUGUCUGCAUUGCA